AUGGCUGGGUUAGAGACUUAUCCCGAGCUUCCCGACUCACGCAGCAUUCGGGUCAUCAAACUUUAUGGCGCCACCAGCCUGAGUCACGAUAUCCGGUUCGACCUCAUCACCGUGUCUCUUGAUUCGCCGUUGCCAUUUGAGGCAAUCUCAUACACAUGGUCUGGGCAAGCACUCGACCGGCCUGUCUAUGCCAAUGGCAAAGAGUAUCUUGUCACUAGAAAUGCGGAGGAUGUUAUGAGGAGAUUGCGUCCAACCAAACCUGAACGUUCCCGGAAUCUAUGGAUUGAUGCCAUCUGCAUUAACCAGAAAGAUGACGAAGAAAAAGCAGCGCAGGUACAGCUAAUGUUUGAAAUCUAUGAAAAUGCAGAGCGUGUCAAUAUUUGGCUUGGCUGGGGGAGUGAAUCAACUGCUCUUACUCUCAGGUGGCUGAGAUGGUACAGUUGGACAUUUUCUGCAGUCUGGAAAACCCAGGCGAAAUGUGCGGGGGCUAUUACAUCUUCAGGCUCAAUCUUUAUAAGGCUGCUUUUGGGGAUAGCAACAAUAUGCAUGUCAUGCGUGUGCGCAUGUAUAAUGAUGCUUGUCGCAGCUGUAAUCCUAUUUCCCUUUGGGCUACUACCCAUAUUCAAAACUGGUUUGAAAGAAUUAGCGUCCAUGGAGUACUGGGAGAGAGCUUGGACAGUUCAAGAAGCAAACGCGAAUGAACUGUGCUUUAUUCUAUGCGGAUCCUCCCUGCCGCUUCGCCUUGAUCUAUUUUAUUUGAGCCAUUAUAUGAUCCCGCCGAUGUAUAUCUUCAGCUCUCUUAACAACAGCAAGCCAAAUCAACGCUAUAACUUACACAUACUAGACAUAUUUCACACCCAUGUACAGGCGGAAUUUGGCAACGAAAUCCUCGACGUUCUUUGUAAAACAAAAGCAACGAUAGCAAAGGAUAAACUAUUUGCCAUAAGGGGCAUGUUUCCUGAUAGCCUAGGCGCAUUGACCGUCGAUUACUCAGCCUCUGACAGCGACGUUUAUACAGAAGCCGCCCGUAUCGUUCUGGAGGAGACACAGAACGUCGAAUUCUUCAGAUAUGCUUGCCAAUCUGGGCGAGCGGAUGGGUUUCCCACAUGGGUGCCUCCAUGGACAGCACUUAUCGAUAUCCCAGAAUGGCUCUGUAAUUUUGGGCCGGCGACAAUUUCUCAGAAAGCAGUUGUAGUAGAGGCGGCAGAUGUGAAGGUCCUCAAGUUAAAAGGACGGCGGGUUGACAGGGUUACCCCAGCGAUCAGUGAACGUUUCCCAACUGUAGCACCUCUGCAAGUCCCGAUGUCGCGCUCAUUGGAUCUCAAUCUCGCGAGCGAGGCGCUUUUGGUAUUUAGGAAAUGGGUUGGCACAGCUGGAGCAGCAAACAACCAAGACCCUUGCCUGCAACAAUUGGCGUGGCUGAUAUCUGAGACGAUCAAACUGGAUGCGGGGGAUGUUCUCGAUUGGUUUCAAUUAAUUUGGUCCGAGGACAAUUUUGGCAUGGAGACACUGUGGGAUUACGGAUUGAAUGGGGGACAACUUUGCGAUUCCCGUAAGAUCACGGUGAAUUUCUUGCAGCUGGUCAGUGGCAGAUCACUUUUCGUGACGGAAAGUGGAAGGGUCGGAAUAUCAACUCUGGUCGUGCGUCCAGAAGACCAGGUUGCACUGCUGACGGGUGAAAAGCUACCGUACAUUAUUCGCAAAAGCCCCGACCAUCUAGACAAUUACAUGUUAGUGGCUCCAUGCUGGCUAAGUGGUGCUCUGAUGGGUGAAGAGUGGCCGGGUUGGAAUGGGGAGCUGGAGGCCUUGGAAGACAUUGCACUAGUUUGA